AUGUCUGUGGCAGUGUCUGGAAACAUCAGUUAUGCCAUCACAGCCACGCAAGUUCAACAAACGUUGGCCUUGAGCGAGCGCUCGUUGGAAGCCUUCGACCUCGCUAAAACUUCUGAAGCGAGAAGGUUUCUGCGAAGUAGAGAGCUUGACGCCGUGAAGGAAGAGCGUGUCUCUUCUAAAAUGGAUUUCAUCCCAGAAUCAGAAUUCAGCUCCAAGGUCCUGAAGGCGAUCAAGAAGUCAAAUAAAGAGCAUAACAACGCAUUUAUGCUAUCACGUAAGCCCAAGACUCCUUUGAGCAAAUCUAGAUUUAAAAGAGAGGUGCUGGUGGAUGCCGUCUUCGAUAAACUUAACAAUUUAAAACUUGAUUAUCCUAAUAGACCGUAA